AUGAAUGAGGCUGAAACAAGACUUGGAACGAUGUCAUUUAAACAGCUCCGAGCGAUGAAUGAAGCUGAAACAAGCCUUGGAACGAUGUCAUUUAAACAGGAGUGUGUUGCAAGUUUGAUUGACUAUUGUUUAAGUUCAUUAGCUUACGUUCGCUUAUGCGUUACUGUUUUCGAUAAGUCCAUGCGUGACGAGACGAGUCUGGUUGUGGGAAUUCGUUGCGGAUUACACUUGGAUGAGAUCUCUAUCAAGCAUUGA